CGUAAUCCUAUUAACGCAAUUACAAAUACCUCAGUUUGGGAAGUCGCAGAAUUCCAAAGGCUCUAGGCCGACCCGGCAACCCUAUCGAAUUAACUGCCAAGGUAGGCACUACUAGUCAGCUGGUGGCGUCUCGCCCGCAAGGAUGGCGUCCAUCCGGCGGAUAUAUUCUUUUAGUCAGGGCAAAAGCGAUGGAACCAAGAGUAUGAAGCAGCUGCUUGGUGGCAAGGGCGCUAACCUGUGUGAGAUGGCGCGGUGCGGUCUCAACGUGCCGCCCGGCUUCACCAUCACAACCGAAGUCUGCGAGGAGUUCUACUGCUACGGCGGGCAGCUGCCCAAGGACCUGCUGGCGGAGGUUCGCACCACCGUGGAAGGAGUGGAAGCCGAGAUGGGACUCAAGUUCGGCGACCCGGCUGCUCCGCUGCUGUUCUCCGUGCGCUCGGGAGCCGCGGUGUCCAUGCCGGGUAUGAUGGACACGGUCCUCAACCUGGGUCUCAAUGAUGCGGUCCUGGAGGGCUUUGCGACGCGACACGGGGAGCGCUUCGCCCUGGACUGCUACAG